AUGCAAAUCCCCAAAAAAGAUGAUACACUUUCAUUCAACCAACCAAAGUUUUCUCCAACACCCAUUUGGGAUUCCAAUGGAAUUACCAUUGCUAAUGAAUCGAUUGUUGGUUUUGUACCUAAUGCCAUUUUUGUGAACACAAACAACACAAUCUAUGUCGUUAAUAAACAAAACAACACAGUUGUAAUAUGGCAAGAAGAGAGUGUCAAUCCACCAAACAUCAUUCAUGGUAAUUUUUCAAGACCCAAUUCUCUCUUCGUGACAUCAAAUGGCGAUAUUUACGUUGGUGAUGGUGAGGACAAUAGUCGAGUACAGAAAUGGAUCGAAGAAACAAAAAUCUUUGUGACAGUGAUGAACAUCAAUUCAUCAUGUUGGGGUUUAUUUAUUGAUAUCAAUGAUACUCUUUAUUGUUCAAUGUUUAAGCAUUGUCAAGUAGUGAAAAGGUCAUUAAACGGUGCUGUAAUGACUUCAAAUCGGGUUGCUGCUGGAACAGGUAUUCAAGGAUCAGCCUCGAAUCAACUGAAUGGUCCUCGUGGGAUCUUUGUCGAUGUAAAUUUGGAUUUAUAUGUGGCAGAUUGUGAGAAUCAUCGAGUUCAGUUGUUUCAGUUAGGAGGAUCAAAUGGCAUCACAGUGGCUGGAAGUGGAUCAUUAAAUCCAACAAUUACACUUCGUGGUCCAACUGGAAUUUUGUUAGAUGCUGAUAAGUACUUAUUCAUUGUGGAAGCAGGCAAUAGUCGCAUUGUUAGUUCAGGCUUGAAUGGUUUUCGAUGUUUAGUUGGAUGUUAUGAAGAGGGUUCACACUCCAAUCAAUUAGCUAGUCCAUAUAGUUUUAGUUUCGAUCGCUCUGGAAACAUUUUUGUUACUGAUAAUGGAAAUUAUCGAAUUCAAAAAUUUUUGCUGAUGAAAGAUUCUUUUGCUCUUUCAUUCCAUCAACCAAAGUUUUGUCCAACGGCCACUUGGAAUCCCAAUGGAAUUACCAUUGCUAAUCAAUCAAUUGUGGGUCAGAAACCUACCGCCAUUUUUGUGAGCACAAACAACACAAUCUAUGUCGCUAAUAUAGAAAACAGCACAAUUGUGAUAUGGCAAAAAGAGAGUGUCAAUCCAACAAAGAACAUUUCUGGUAGUUUUAGACAACCUAACUCUCUCUUUGUGACAUCGAAUGGUGACAUUUAUAUUGAUGAUGGAUAUUAUAAUGGUCGAGUGCAGAAAUGGAUAGCAGAAACAAAUAUCUUUGUUACAGUGAUGAAUAUUAACUCAUCAUGUGAUGGUUUAUUUGUCGAUAUCAAUGAUACUCUUUACUGUUCAAUGUCUAAGCAUCAUCAAGUAGUGAAAAGAUCAUUAAAUGACUCUAUGAUGACUUCAAAUCCUGUCGCUGCUGGAACAGGUACUCUAGGAGCAGCCCCUAAUCAACUUUAUUUUCCUAGUGGAAUCUUUGUCGAUGUGAAUUUCGAUUUAUAUGUGGCAGAUUGCGAAAAUCACCGAGUUCAGUUGUUCCAGUCGGGACAAUCAAAUGGCAUCGUUGUGGCUGGAAGAACGUCACCGCAUCAAACAAUUGAACUUAACUAUCCUAGGGAAAUUAUAUUAGAUGCUGAGAAAUAUUUAUUCGUUGUAGAUCAGAACAAUCAUCGUAUUAUUGGUUCAGGGUUGAAUGGUUUUCGGUGUUUAGUUGGGUGUUAUGGAAAGGGUUUACAAUCCAAUCAAUUGUUUUUUCCACAUGGUUUGAGUUUCGACCGUUCUGGGAACAUGUUUGUUACUGAUCAAUCAAAUCAUCGAAUUCAGAAAUUCAAUUAUUUAAAAAGAUAUUGUGGUAAGUUGAAGUAUAAUCGAAUGAAAUGA